UCAGUUCUCCCGAGGGGUCUAUGCCAUCUUCGGCUUCUACGAUAAAAAGUCCAUGAACACCCUGACGUCAUUCUGUGGUGCGCUACACACCUCCUUCGUCACGCCCAGUUACCCCACCGACAACGAGGUGCAGUUUGUCAUCCAGAUGAGACCUGCACUGCGUGGGGCCGUCCUCAGCCUGCUGUCACACUACAAGUGGCAAAAGUUUGUCUACCUCUACGACACUGACAGAGGUUUCUCUAUCCUUCAGGCCAUCAUGGAGUCAGCGGUGACCAACAAUUGGCAGGUGACGGCUCGGUCUGUGGGGAGCAUCACGGACGCAGCAGAGUUGAAACGGAUCAUCGAGGAGAUGGACAGGAGGCAGGAGAAACGCUACAUCAUCGACUGUGAGGUGGACAGGAUCAACACUAUCCUAGGACAGGUGGUCUCUCUGGGGAAGAACGCCCGUGGAUACCACUACAUCCUGUCGAACCUGGGUUUCUCCAAUGUGAGCUUGGACAAGGUCUUCCAAGGCGGGGCCAACAUAUCAGGCUUCCAGAUAGUGAGCCCUGAGAACUCCAUCGUUCAGCAGUUCCUACAGCGUUGGGAGAGACUGGAUGAAAGGGAAUUCCCAGAGGCCAAGAACACCCCGCUCAAGUACACGUCAGCUCUGACCCACGAUGCCAUCCUGGUGAUCGCAGAGGCCUUCCGGUACCUGCGGCGCCAACGGGUAGACGUGUCACGCCGAGGAGGCGCAGGAGACUGUCUGGCCAACCCUGCCGUACCAUGGAGCCAGGGCAUCGACAUUGAGAGAGCUCUCAAAAUGGUCCAGGUUCAGGGGAUGACGGGGAACAUCCAGUUUGACAGCUAUGGCCGGAGGUCCAACUACACUAUAGACGUCUAUGAGAUGAGAACAGGGGGACCGAAGAAGAUUGGCUACUGGAACGAGUACCAGCGAUUAGUAAAUGUGUUAGAACAACAGGUGGUCGCCAACGAGUCUUCUUCUGUGGAAAACCGAACGAUUGUGGUCACUACUAUUAUGGAAGCCCCUUAUGUGAUGUACAAGAAACACCAGAUGAAUCUGGAGGGGAAUGACAGAUAUGAAGGCUACUGUGUCGAUUUAGCUGCCGAAAUUGCAAAACAUGUGGGGAUAAGAUACAAACUGUCAGUAGUAGCAGACGGGAAGUACGGUGCGCGGGAUCCAGACACCAAGACGUGGAACGGGAUGGUGGGGGAACUGGUCUAUGGGAGAGCAGAUAUAGCUGUGGCACCUCUCACCAUAACCCUGGUUCGUGAGGAAGUGAUCGACUUCUCCAAGCCCUUCAUGUCUCUGGGCAUCUCCAUCAUGAUCAAGAAGCCCCAGAAGUCUAAACCUGGUGUCUUCUCCUUCUUGGACCCGCUGGCCUAUGAGAUAUGGAUGUGUAUCGUGUUCGCCUACAUCGGUGUGAGUGUGGUCCUGUUCCUGGUCAGCCGCUUCAGCCCUUAUGAGUGGAACCUGGAUGAACAGGAUGAGACCAAAGACCCCCAGACACCUCCAGAUCCUCCCAACGACUUUGGCAUCUUCAACUCUCUGUGGUUCUCUCUGGGAGCCUUCAUGCAGCAAGGAUGUGAGAUAUCACCCAGGUCCCUAUCAGGGAGAAUAGUAGGGGGCGUGUGGUGGUUUUUCACUCUCAUCAUCAUCUCGUCCUACACGGCCAACUUGGCUGCUUUCCUCACCGUGGAGAGGAUGGUGUCCCCCAUAGAGAGUGCUGAGGACCUGGCUAAACAGACUGAGAUCGCCUACGGAACUCUGGAUGCUGGUUCCACCAAGGAGUUCUUCAGGCGAUCCAAAAUAGCAGUCUAUGAGAAAAUGUGGUCAUACAUGAAAUCGGCCGAACCGUCAGUGUUUGUCAAGACCACGCCAGACGGGGUGGCCCGGGUACGAAAGUCCAAGGGCAAGUUUGCUUUCCUCCUGGAGUCCACCAUGAACGAGUACAUAGAGCAGAGGAAACCCUGUGACACCAUGAAAGUGGGCGGAAACCUCGACUCUAAAGGAUACGGUGUGGCCACGCCCAAAGGCUCAGCAUUAAGAACUCCUGUAAACCUUGCCGUAUUGAAACUCAGUGAACAAGGCAUCUUAGACAAGCUGAAAAACAAAUGGUGGUACGAUAAGGGUGAAUGUGGAACCAAGGACUCUGGAAGUAAGGACAAGACAAGUGCUCUCAGCCUGAGCAAUGUGGCUGGAGUCUUCUAUAUUCUGGUUGGAGGGCUGGGGCUGGCCAUGAUGGUGGCACUGAUUGAGUUCUGUUACAAGUCACGUGCAGAAACCAAACGGCUCAAACUAGCAAAAAAUGCUGAAAAAUUUAAGCCAGCUCCACCGACCAACCCCCAGAACUUUGCCACUUACAGAGAAGGCUACAACGUGUAUGGGACAGAGAGCGUGAAGAUCUAAGGGUAUCGGGCACUUCAGCUAGACCAGGUACACGAUCCCUUACGAACGACUUCAGCUAGACCAGGUACACGAUCCCUUACGAACGACUUCAGCUAGACCAGGUACACGAUCCCUAGACCAGGUACACGAUCCCUUACACAACGAACGACUUCAGCUAGACCAGGUACACGAUCCCUAGACCAGGUACACGAUCCCUUACGAACGACUUCAGCUAGACCAGGUACACGAUCCCUUACGAACGACUUCAGCUAGACCAGGUACACGAUCCCUAGACCAGGUACACGAUCCCUAGACCAGGUACACGAUCCCUUACGGACGACUUCAGCUAGACCAGGUACACGAUCCCUUACGAACGACUGUGACUAUUGACCCUAUGAUGAAACAACAUGAUCACGUCAGGAUGGGGGUUUCCUCAACUGCAGCUAAAUCCUCUCCUGGCGGAAAAUGGCGACGAUAAUCUGCAAUGGCAACACGACAGGACUGGUGACGUGAAGAACUCAAGCGGUUUCCUCCAGUGCCUUACGUAUGGAACAGUCACAGACUCGCAGAGUUACUUAGAACAAUGCAAUUCAUCACAGCGGUAUUGCGUUUGGCUUGAACUCACAAACACACAGACAAACAAACAGAAAGACAGGAUCGAUCGUUGUAAUCUGUUUUAAGGAACUUCAUUUGAGAUGCUAAAGACAAAAGAGAGAUACCUAAAGCCAUCACUUGCACCCCGAGUACAUUUCCAAGUGCCGGACAGAAGAUGAAUACGAUAUGACAGAUGAUAAAUUGUUUUUUCUGCAAAGGGAAUUUGAUCAGAUUAUCCUAAUUCUUCUUGCAGGCCAGGUUUUUACUGGUUAAAUGGGUUUUAAAAUACGUGUAUUAUAGACACGGAUUAUUAGAAGAUAGCUUGUUAUUUUCCUGUGACCUUGGAAUUGUUUUGAAAGACACAUUUGAAUCUUAUUGGAAUCAAUUGGUUAAAUAUGCCAUAGCCAAAAGAAUAUUGUAUUGUUGUUGUCCUCAACUAUGGUGCUUUUGAAGUGUCAGAGAUAGACUCCGAGAGAAGGCGUUGGUAGCUAGUAAACCGCGCAUCACAAAUGGAACCCUAUCACUUAUAUAGUGCAUUACUUCUGUGCAGAGCCCCCAGUCAAAAGUAGUGCACUAUAUAUUGAAUAGGGGGCCAUUCUGGACACACACACACACAGGGACUCAAGAAAGAGAUGAAUGUGAGAUGAAGCAUUUGGCUUUACACAACUUAAAGCAGGCCAUCUCACAAUCCCAAUAUACUGCCAACAGAUUCAGAUGUGUUUUUUUAAAGAACGCAGAGGACUGUCUGAGCACGUUUCAUAGUUCAGAAACUCUCCCAGUGUGUUUUAUGGUGUGUAUAAUAUGAAGAGAAAACUCACUCACACAGUGUCACUUCAAAAUAGCCUGUUUAUUUAGUCUUCAUUUUGAAAGAACACCUGCUUAUAGCUGGAUUUUCAUGUAACCUAAAAUCAUUCAAAUCUUCUGUACAAUAAAUUCAAACUGAACCAAAAGGGACAUUGGAAAAGUAGAUAAACUGCAAUCCAAACAGUAUUGGCUUCUUAACAGUAGUAUUAUGGAUGACCUUGGUAUUUUGCUAAACAAUUACACAUUUUACAAUAAGCUGCGGUUUGAUGAUCUGCUUUCAGUUGUCAUUUCAUUUUAUGAGCAUUGUAGUGUUUGGUGAAUUUACUUAGUAAAUUAAAUAACUGAAUAAUAUAAAUACAAGGAGAAAAUAGAUUUAUACAACGUACUUACAGGGGAUGUCUUAAAAGCUUAGCACAUAUCCUUUUCAAAAGACUGUGAUUAUAUAGUAUUUAGGAAGAAAAUGAAUCACCUAAAACCGUGAAAAGAUAGAUUCACACACACACACACACACACACACACACA